GUUCUAGCGACAUCAUCGCCAUCGCGCUCGAUCACCUCAACUGAUGCGCCCUCAUUCUUCCGACAUCUGAGGCUUCCUAUUAAUCAAAGCGGCUUGCGCCGCAAAUCCACCCGUCAUCAUGGCUUUACACACGCCGCUUGCCAUGCAGAAUGUCUUCCGUCAAACACUGUCUUCGCACACGAUGCCGGCAACAGCCACCGUCGCCGGCACGCUGUUCGCAGUCUCCCAAAAUGGUCUCCGUCUCGGCACUACGCUCACGCGCAGUAUGUCCCUCAACUCGUUCAUGGUCAGGCAAUACUCUACCGCCACGCGCAACGGUCCGCUUGCGAGCCUUCGCCCGAUACCGCGAACAGGAAACGUAGGAUUAGCUUUGGCACAACAACGCUCGCUAUUCGGUGGACCAACUCACAGCCAACUCGCCCGUUAUGAACAGAGUGCUAAUAACAACCCUUCGAGCGCAUCAGCGCAGGCGACUUUCUAUCAGGCAUUGCUCAGAGCCAACAUGCCCAAGAUCAUCAUCGAACGCUACAGGACCGGACAAUAUGCUACCAAUGUGGCCGUGGAGCAAUCUUAUCAGAGGGCCUUGGAACAACUUGGUCAAUCGGGUGAAUCUACCGGCGGUAUGGGACCGGAACAAUUGCAGGCUGUUGGACAGGCUGUUGCUGCGCAUGUCGGCAAAGGCCAAGUGGGCAAGACCAAGUCUGGAUCCGGCGACCGAAAAGACCCUCUUUACGUUGUCGUUGAAGAGUCUAUGGCAAGCAUCAUCUUCAAAUGGGUUCGCUGGGUUGCUGGAUUUGCUCUUUGUGCUUACGUCGCCCUGGUUCUCAUCACCCUGUUUGUCGAAACGAGCGGCGUUCUCAAGAAGGUCGGCGGUACCAACAACGCCGAAGUUCGUCCCGAGAGCCAGAGCACGCGUUUCCACGAUGUCCAAGGCUGCGAUGAGGCCAAGGAAGAGCUUACCGAUAUUGUCGACUUCCUGAAGAACCCGGAACGUUACAACAAGCUUGGUGGCCGCCUCCCCAAAGGUGUCCUACUUAUUGGCCCUCCUGGUACCGGGAAAACCCUGCUUGCUCGCGCUGUUGCUGGUGAAGCUGGUGUCCCCUUCUUCUACAUGUCUGGUUCCGAGUUCGACGAGGUUUAUGUCGGUGUCGGUGCCAAGCGCGUACGUGAGCUGUUCACCGCCGCUCGAUCCAAGGCCCCUGCUAUUGUAUUCAUUGAUGAGCUGGAUGCCGUUGGUGGAAAGCGAAACUCCCGCGACGCCGGCUACCACCGUCAGACCCUUAAUCAGCUUCUGAACGACCUGGAUGGUUUCGAUCAAUCAACCGGUGUCAUAUUCAUCGCAGCCACCAACCACCCUGAACUAUUGGACAAAGCUUUGCUUCGACCCGGUCGUUUCGACAGGCACGUUCAGGUCGAACUGCCAGACGUUCAGGGACGACUAGCCAUUUUGAAGCACCAUACUAAGAAGAUCCGCCUCUCCCCUGACGCCGAUCUGUUCAAGAUUGCUCGCGGUACGCCUGGCUUCUCUGGUGCCGAAUUAGAGAACUUGGCAAACACUGCAGCGAUCGAAGCCUCAAAGCAGCAGGCCAAGUUCGUAUCGUUGCUAAAUCUCGAAUGGGCCAAGGACAAGAUUAUGAUGGGCUCAGAGCGCAAGACCAGAACGGUUCCCCUCGUCGACAAGCUACAGACCGCUUAUCAUGAGGGUGGACAUACUCUCGUUGGUUUGUAUGAAGUCGGCUUCCAGGAGCUUCACAAGGCCACCAUUCUGCCCCGCGGUCAAGCUGCCGGUAUCACCUUCUUCCUACCUCAAGAUCACAAACAUCACCGCUCUAAGAUAGAAUAUGAGCGCCAUCUUGCUAUGUGCAUGGGUGGCACUGUCGCCGAAGAGAUCGUUUAUGGUCCUACAGAAAUUGGCGACGGCGCAUCCAGCGAUAUUUCCAGCGCCACCAGCACAGCACACUCGAUGGUCACACGCUAUGGCUUCUCGCCAAAGCUGGGCAGCAUCGACUACGGUUCCAACUACGACCAAGUUUCACCCGAGACCAAGCGUGUCAUCGACAACGAGGUGCGGAGAUUGGUUGAAGAAGCGAAGGACAGGGCAAGAAAGCUGUUGAUCGAGAAGCGCGUGGAGCUAGAUCGGUUAGCGACAGCUCUCGUGCAGUACGAGACGCUGGACAAGGAAGAGAUUGUCAAAGUGAUCAAGGGGGAGGAUCUGCCAGGUCGCUUAAAGGCGAUGCCGGAUACGCCGAUCAAACUUCCCGAGCUGACACUUCCGUCUGCUCUCCAUCCGCCGGCGCAAGGCAACGACGGUGAUGGAGGUGUGCCUGCAUAAAUUGGGUAAUUGGAAAAUGCGCUUAUUGCAUGCAUGCGAGGCGAAUCGGCGUUUAUCAGAGCAAAGCCCUCCUCUCGUUGCGAUUGUGGGCCCUAGACGUUCAUAGCUGUCGACGGGCUUUUACUUUUCUUUGUAAGACUAUAGGUAUUGGUACAGCUAGCAUAUAGCGAAGUGGAACACGCUCACGAUCCAGCGAUGUUUUCGGGGAUACUAUGUAAAGAAAAAAACAGUAAAUUGCAC